AUGGCUGUUGCUUGCAGCUGCUCAGCCCAUCACUUCAUCGCAGCGACGGCGUGCCAUGAGGCAGAGUACGGCAGGCAGAUCCACGAGCGCUGCCUCCGACCCUUCAAGCUCAGCAUGGAGGGCAUUGGGCAGCAGCUGUGGUGCGACUGGGAUGAGACCAUGGGCACCUACGGGGAGCUGACGAACUGCACGGUUGCGGUGGCUGAGAACCUCACUUGCUACUGGCCCAACCGCUUGGUGGAUGAGUUCUUCGUUGCCGUCCACAGUCACUACUUCAGGAACUGCUCCCCAUCCGGCCGGGCGCUGCGUGAUCCCCCCAAUGGCAUCCUCUGCCCCUUCAUCCUGGUGCCCAUCCUCGUCACCCUGCUGAUGACUGCGCUGGUGGUGUGGAGGAGCAAACGCAGCGAGGGCAUCGUUUAGGGAUGGUUUUUAGGGGAGAACCUGGCCAAGGAGCAUCCUGGGGUGCUGAGCCCCAUUGGUGCUGCUGCAUCAUCCCCUGCUGGCCCCUUCCCAGGUGGUGGCUUCCAAUUAAAUCCAUCGUUAACAACCUGGGGAUGCUGGUGGCAGUGAGGAUGCUGCUCGCUGGGUAAUGGGAGAGUGCUGCAGCUCUGCUCAGACCUUCCCUGCUUCCCUCCCGGCAGCCUACAGCAUCCAUCGGGGGGAAAAAAGGAAAAAAUGGAAAAAUCGGGGAAAAAAACCAAGGCAGGGGUCGGUGUCCUGCCUGUGGUGCCAGCACAGCACUGGGACGUGCUUUAACCACAAGGACAGCGGGUCAGGGCACGGCCUGGGUGAUAAAACCUUCACUUUUUAUCCUUUUUUUGUUGUUUUACCCUUUGUAUCAGCAGGAAAAGCACUUUCUCCCCCUGCCCACCUGCAGACAGGCUCCGACUACAGGUGGAGAGAUGGGUGAUGGUCACUGCUUCAUACUAGCAGAUGAUACCAGUAGUGGCACUGAUGGCCUUGGAGGUGCCCGAGGGCCAGUGAACAAUGGGAAUUAGGUGCUUUUCCUAAUUAAAUAAAUACAUGCAGAAGUAAA